UCCACAGCCGAACUUGAGUCUCUAAUAAAAAGCGAAGCAGCUUCUUAAAAACCCUAGUUCGUCUUCUCUCUUUCACCGCACACUCUGGUGUUAGGGUUUCUGAAGCUUCCAAGCAGCAGGAGAGGAAAAUGGCUCCCAAACAGCCUAGUACGGGUCUGUUUGUCGGACUGAACAAGGGUCACGUUGUCACCAAGAAGGAAUUGCCCCCACGCCCCUCAGAUCGUAAGGGGAAAACAAGCAAAAGGGUGCACUUUGUGAGGAACCUUAUUCGGGAGGUUGCUGGUUUUGCACCUUAUGAGAAGCGUAUAACUGAGUUGCUCAAGGUUGGGAAGGAUAAGAGAGCACUCAAGGUUGCAAAGAGAAAGCUUGGAACUCACAAGCGUGCAAAGAAGAAGAGAGAGGAGAUGUCCAAUGUUCUCCGAAAGAUGAGGGCUGGUGGAGCUGGAGACAAGAAGAAAUGAAUCUUGCUUACUCUGUUCUAGUUUUGUUAGAUGGACCGGUGUAUUGAUGGAUAAGCUGUCUUAUUUUUUUGCUUUGGUUCAAUUAGUUUACUUCAAGAUUUUUGUUUGAGAAAUGUGUUUUGCUUAACCUAGACAUGAUUUAUGAAAAAAAAAAAAUACAAUUGGCUUAUUCUGUUUUA